UCCACAAUCAAUCAAUAAUGGGCCAUUUGCGACCAGCCGUUUAAAAUUUGAGUUAAAUUUGUCGAAAGUGAGGUUAGAUAACUGUCACAAUGACAGUCUACAAUAUUUACAUUUUUGACAAAAACGGCACUUUGCUUUAUUACAAUGAGUGGAGUCGGUUGAAACAGUCAGGCAUGACACGGGAGGAGGAGGGAAAAUUAAUGUAUGGCAUGUUGUUUUCAAUCAAGUCUUUUGUCGGUAAAAUCUCCCCAACUGACACGAAAGAGGGGUUUUUGUACUACAAGACGUCCAAAUAUACCCUACACUUUUUGGAGACUCCGUCAGGCUUGAAAUUUGUACUGAAUACCGAUACUAAUGCACAAGGUGUGAGGGAGUUGUUGCAACAGAUUUAUAGCCAGGUUUAUGUCGAGUAUGUGGUCAAAAACCCGCUGGUUAAUCUAUCAGAACCCAUACAGUCGGAAUUGUUCAAGACUAAGCUUGAUACGUUUAUAAAACAGUCACCGGUUUAUUUAUCCAAGGCUUUGUAAUUUUGUUAUCAAUAAAUGUUUUUCCGUGA